UUCUCCCCUCUGAUUUUGCAGUUUAUAUUUUGUAUUUACAUCAUUUUUGUGAGGAAAACUGACUCUUUUAUUCUGUAAUGAUGAGAACGCAACAGCACCAGCGAGUGCUGAAAGAGGAAACGGUGGGCGGAGCCUGCGGUGAUUGACAGGCAGAGGGAUUGACCUCACCAUCAUGCGAUAUGAAGUAACCGGAGGUUAAUAACGGCGACACACGCGUCAGACACGGGAGAAAACUCGAAGAUUCAAGCUUAUUAACAAACUACAACGACGGAAACCCAUCGGGUGACAACCGCUGUUGAUGCUCAGAUUAUCUCCAGCUUAACUGAAGUAGUGUGUGUGUGUGUGUGUGUGUGUGUAUAUGAGUGUGUGUGUGUUUAAGUUUCGCUGUCGUUGAUAAAUGUUCAGCAGUUUGAUGAGCAGAAGCCCGGUUGCGGAACUCAGAAUGUUCGAGGCUCGAGGACUCUGGAGGGUUUGUGUGGACGUCAGCUGUGUGUUGCUCGCCGGACUUCCAUUUGCGGUGCUAAAUAUUCAGCACAGACCUUUCAAAAGAGGCUUUUUCUGCAGCGAUGACAGCAUCAGAUACCCUUUCAAAGAAGAUACCAUAUCCUACCAGUUACUGAUGGGAAUAAUGAUACCACUGGCACUCCUGCUAAUCGUCUUUGGCGAGUGUUUUUCCAUAUAUCUGCGAUCCCGAGCGUCCUUCAGUUAUGAAUAUGUCGCGUGUGUGUAUAAAGCAGUUGGGUCAUUUGUGUUUGGAGCGGCGGUGAGUCAGUCGCUGACAGACAUCGCCAAAUACACCAUUGGCCGGCUUCGGCCACACUUUCUGACGGUGUGUAAACCGCACUGGAGCCUCAUCGACUGUAAAGCAGGAUAUAUCGAGAACUUCACCUGUACAGGAGACCCCACGCUCACUAACGAAGGCCGGCUUUCCUUUUACUCUGGUCACUCAUCAUUCUCCAUGUACUGUAUGCUGUUCCUCGCUCUGUAUCUGCAGUCCAGAAUGAGGGCCGGGUGGGCUCGUCUGGUGCGUCCGACUCUGCAGUUUUCAUUAAUCGCAGCGUCUCUAUAUGUGGGUCUGUCUCGCGUCUCUGACUAUAAACACCACUGGAGUGACGUUCUCACCGGACUCAUACAGGGAGCCGCUGUGGCUCUGUUUACUGUGUUCUGUGUGUCGGAUCUCUUCAAUGUGAAGUGUGUGUCCGAUAAAGACGAGGAGAUUUCACACACCAGCCUUCAGGAGACGUCAGAUUCACCAAACCACUAUGGCAGCACACAGUGACACACACACACAUACACACACAAACACACACAUACACACACCGGGAUGCAGGACCAUGCAAGAACCAUUCAUUUUAGAAUAAUUCAAGGGACAAAAGGGUUCAUUUACUCAAAGCAGAGCAGUAGAGAAUGAAAAUUGGUUUCCAUGGUAACAAAAAAAUGCAAUAUUCACAUUACAGUGAAUUCCAAAUUAUGACUUUAAGCAGAUAAAGUCAGAUUAAAGGUGACCUAUUAUGCACCUUUUUACAGGCUAUGAAAUAAGCCUCUGAUGCCUCUAGUAGUGAAGUUUGAGCUGAGAAUAGCACACAAAUAAUGCUCUCUAUCUCUCUCAAACUGACCCUUUUAGGCUCUAAUUGUGGUGUUUUGGUGACUGUCGCUUUAAAUGCAAAUGAGAUUGUGCUCUUUUCAGAAGAGGGCGGAGCUACAAACCAUCACCAGAUUGAAAACAGGACUAGUUCUCAGUGCUGGUCAGGUGUGCAUGUGUGCUUCAGUGUGAGUGUGUGCUUCAUGCUUCUGUCAGUCUAUGGAGACUCCUGUCAUCUAGAACUCCACAUCUAUAAUCCUCUUAGUCUAUGCUGACAUUAUCUUCAGCAGCUCAAAUACUCUAAUGGCUAAUGGACAGACGGCUGCUUCUCACUCAGGCCUGCUGUUUAUGCUAAUGUGGGAGACUAGUGGGUGGGGCUUUCGCCUUCUGAUGACACGUACAAAGGGAGAAUGUCAAUCACAGUGUUUCAUUCAUCAAGUCUGAUUAUAACAAACACAAUUAAUACAUGUUGAGCAUUAGAGGCUGGAAAUAUUCACACACUGCUGACACACAACUGGGUUUAAACCUCUUAUAAAAGGGAUUUUUGCAUAAUAGGUUCCCUUUAAGGGUCAGAGUUUGCUGUGGAUAAUGGAAAUAUUUGUGAAUUUAAUGGCACAAGAACACAAAGACAUUCCCAUCACGCCAAUGAAAGGGAAGAAACUGUCGUACUGUUCAGAACAGAGUUUCACAUUGAUUUAUAAAGCUCUUUAAUGCAUUCAUAUGUCAAACACUCCACACAGAACAAUCUGAUCUUAUUAGUGCAGUCAGCAACAUAUACAAGUAUUAUCUUAUUUUAGUGGAUUGCAUACUUGAAGACACUUGAGUAGAUUUAUUUCAAGUUUUUUUGUUAAAGGAAACAAUUUUCAGCCAAAUAUGAAGAACCAAAGUGUCUAAUUGCAUUGAUUUUAAUUAAGUUUGCUUGUGUUUUAUUCAUAAUUAUUGUUUUUUUUAUGCAGACAUAAGACUACAAACUGUAAAUAUCAAAGCACUUGUACAAUAUUUUUGCUCAUGUUUUCCUUUGUGGGUUAAAGACGACAAGGGGUUUUCAAGCAUCAAGUCUUAUUUUUAAAUAUAUUAAAUAAUGCAUAUCUUCAUUUUUGCCAUGACUUCCAAAAAACAGCUGCUAUAAUCAGGGUUCAACGCUAAGGAUUUUUUCUACUGGGCCGAUUGGGCCAGUGGUUAAGAUUUUUACUUGCCCUGCCAAAGUUUUCACUGGCCCCACCAAAAAAAAGAAGUUAAUAGCUAUUUCUUAGCCACAUAUUUUAAAUAAUGUGGCAAAAUAAUGUCUGUGAAUCUAGAAUUUAAACAUUUAAAAUAUUUUAAUAAUGUAUAAUGAGCAAAAUUCUAGAUUUUAUUGAAACGAAAGGGCUGUAUGGAAAAUGUGCUGGUAUUAAAUGGCAAUUCUAAAUAAUUUUGAUAAAAAUGGCUUGCCAAACUGACGACAACUCUUUUUUUUUUUUUUUUGUUUCUUAAUUUUGUACCCAUGUAAUUGUCUGCUUCCAAGACUUUAGAAACAGGUGUUUUCUUUAAGCCUCAUAGUUUGAUGUUGCUGCCAUGCCGCCACCUUUUCGCUGUACUAGUUGUUACCAGGUUACGGAAAAAAAAAUAACGUGCUCAUCGUUACUGCCCGAUAGGAGCCAGUGACAAUCCUGUUCACUGUCCUGAGCAUCUUUCGCGCUGGCCCUGGGCCACUGGGCAGUCCUUAUUGUUGAGCCCUGAUAAUGUUAUUAGGUGGAACAAUUGUGCAUCCUAUUUAGAACAAGGAUAAUUUAAUAAUAACAUAUUAAAAGAUCACUGUUUGAUGCUGAAUGAUGGAAUUUUUUCACCUAUAUUUUAAGGUUUUCUUUUCAGACAUUAUAUGAAAUAAAACUUUUUUUUUUAAUGAAAAUGUAUGCUUUUGUAAAUUUAAUUUGAUGCAAACACUGAAGUGUCUUUGACCCAAACAUUGUGUGCAACAUAUUUUCCUUUCGGUGCUACAUUUUAUGCAUUGAUGACUGAGCUAGAGAGAAGAAAAUGUAUUGGGAUAUAUACUGUCAAGUUUAUUCCUGAAUUAAAGCUCAUGUAGACAGACAGUGUGUGGUUUUUGACUCUGAAGAUCAGAAUGGUUUUACUCACAGCAGCCGCGGCUCCUCCAGCGGUGUGAUGGUGACAGCGCUGCGGCUUUCCAGCUUCGGUUCUUUCAAACGGAUCGGAGAUUCGAUCGAGUCAGCUUUUUCCCUUACGAACGCUGUGCGAAUCGAUUCGCUCGAAUCGUUCAGAAGAGCCGACUCAUUGGCUCGAUCUGUCGGCGAAGCGAACAUUACCGCCGCUCUUCUUUGUCCUCGCGGUGACUGACUUCAUAUGAUCCGCUGAAUGUACAUGAUUUAUUCAUUCGUUUACACCCUGUGUGCAUCAAACAGAAGACCUGAAGGAUGGUGUUAGUUCACGUCGGAUAUUUGGUUCUUCCUGUCUUUGGCUCAGUGAGAAAUAGAGUCUAUGGAGGCUGAAUCUACAUUCUGCAUUAUCAGAUCAUUGUGUUUUAAUGAUCAUCUGUGUUCUGAUCCCUCCUCAUUUCCUAUUUCCAUCAGAAGACGACAAACAUCUGCUCCCUUCCUGAGAACAAACAAACAAACAAACAAGCGCACACUAAACCAGAGCUAACACACACACGCGCGCGCACACACACAUUUAGACUGUCUCUAUGUAAAGUGCUGUAGUUUAACCCACAUCUUUAGCUCUAGAAGAGUGACUCAUGUAUGUCCCAUCCAGCUUCGGUAGUCAACAUGUAUGUAAAUUCCUGUAAAAUGGAUGCAUUUUGUGCUUGGAUGUUCACAGUCCUCUAUCUGUCACCUGCUUCAUUCAUCGCCCUUCUGAUUUUACACGAUCAUUCACAAUCAUGUCUGUAGAUGUGGCUGGUUGGGUGGGGAAAAAGCAAAGAAACAACAGACAAAUCCUAAAAACACACUUUGGAAUUGGCCGCUGGCAUCCAAAAUUGCCCAAAUUGACGUGGCACGGCGUCCAAAAUGCCAUCCAUUUGGCAGGGAUGUUGAUUUUCCUGCACUGCUACUACUGAGAUCCUCUAUUAGAGCAAUGCAAAUGUCUAUUGUUUGGUUGUGGUUUCUCUACCUUUUGUUCUGGUAAUAGACUUCAGUGCAUGAAUCACAUUAUAAUUAUUAUUAUUAUUUGGAUUCUACAUUGAAUAGACUCCAAUGUAAUCUUUCUGUAGUAAAGAUGUACCCUGCUGUACUGUAAUGUGCUGUAGCCGAUGCAUCUGCUCAUUGGAUGUUGCUUUUGUUCUGUUAACCCUGUACUGAGCAUGGUGGGCCUUGCUAUUGGUCAAUGUUGUUUUAUUUGUUGCAUGGACUUAUUAUUAUUAUUAUUAUGACACAAAUCCACAUAUAAAUAUUUAUAUAUACUAAUAUUUUUCAAUAAAGAAUAUAGUGUUUUUCCUAA